UUUGAAAUUAAUUGCUUUAACAUUCACAUUCUCAGGAUGUACAUGUACAUGUACUGUACCGAUACAUUUAUCAGCUCGGAGUCACGCCCCGGCACGUGUACGUAACACUGCGCGAUAAAAGGAGCAAAGAAUGUGUCAGUCUGCCACGUACAGACAGCACUUCAGAGUCAUUAGAAUCGCCCAACGGUUCCGUGGGACACUUAUUAGAAUCUGAUAUUAGAUUUCGGGGCCUGCUGCAGAGUUCAGCCAUACUUGAAUAAUAUCUGAUUGGAAUCUGCCAGUGUGCCAGAAGCGUGAUGCGUUGCCAAACAAUAUUAUUUUGCAUGCCCGGUUUUGAGCACUGAUGCGUUUGAAGCUCAUUUUGCUGUUAAAGUGAGCUACAUUUUUUUAGAUUUAAAAAUCCCCCCACCCCCUUGCUUAUGUUCGUACCAUGUGUGCAGUACAUGUACCGGUACAUGUACAUAUAAUAUUCAACAUUUACAGUGUACAUGUACGUGUACAUGUACAUUCUUUUCUGGGAAUCAGAGGAUCCGGUUUUACCCGAAGCCAAAUAAUGAUUUGCAAUCACAGUUUAUCACUGAAGAGUUCCAGGAAAAUAAUAAGGGAAUGAUAUGCCAGUAGUCAUUUAUCAUUCGUGCAUUGGGCAUUUAAAAACAGAACACUAGUACACAUGGCACGUUCUCUGCGCACUUGACUUGCCAUCAGCUGCGGUGAUGCAUUCAGCACCUCUAAAUGUCAGUGGGUGACUUGGAGUGGCUUCAGGCAAUCUUUGCUCUGCUGUAGGAAACCGUUGGCUCGAAAAUGGAACCUGUACAUGUACAAGGUCCUAUUCUGGUCGACACUGUCAACCUCUCUGCUUCAGCCUGCAAGGCUACAACUAAGGACAUUGCCAUGGUUGAGGCAUUGUCGGAGAUCUGUCCGGACCUCAACAAGGAAGAGAUGUAUCAGGAACUGCAGGAGGCGAAAGCAGACAUGUCAGAUUUCUCAGUCACAGACAUUCUGAGGAAGGAUUUCAAAUGUGUCUCUGGUUCUUCCAUGAGUAUUGGGAUGAGUUCAAUACUCAUGCAUCUCACAGAAUUUGUGGACAAGCCCGACAUUGAGACAGGAUUUCAAGAUUUUUGCUCCUUGAAAAACCUGCGGCUUCUUGUCCUCAUGGCUCUGACUGUCUCAGACGAUGGCAAAGCACACAGGCAAAUCUGUGUUUACUCCCCCAAUUCCUCGGACUCAAUGAAAGAUGAAUUGAUCCAGACACUGGAAGAAUCAACAUCACCUGAGCUGAGUCUCUCAGAGUUGGCUACAAAUGCCUCAGGAUUGGUUGUUUACAACCAGGCCAAUGUCAAGGCCUCCAGGAAGCGGGUUCUCCCCCUUGUGAAAGACUUUCUUAGCAGUCAGGAGGAUUCCUCUCUGGAUGAAGAACAAGAAACAGAGGAGGGAGUGGCAACAGAAUUGGACCUGACUGACAUGAACGACACCUUACUGAAGCUGUCCACCAAAGCCAACAACGCCAAUAAUGCCAAUGAGCAAGUCUCAUCUGAUGACCCAUUUGGGAUUGGGGAUAGCCAAGUGAUAAGCUCGCCCGAUUCCAGCGGCAUCGAUGCCGGAUCAGUACUCCUAGAUUUAGACCCCUUCUCUGGAAAUCAGGAUGCAGCAGGGACCUCAUUAAGUGGGGCAUUUUCCUCAAGGGACAGUAUGGAUACCCUUGGCAUCACGCCCUCCAGUCCCAGCAGCGAUGUGAUGGGAUUUGGGAGUGAAUCAGAGGACCUCCUUGGAUUAGACAAUUUUGGAUCGGCUCAGCAGUCUGCAACUGAGGAUCUUGGCAUUGUUAAUCCCCCUUCCAAUCCAUUUGCAGCUUCUGCAACAGGAGAUGAUACAGGUCUAGAGGCUUUUAUGUCACAGCCAGUAGUCCCACUUGACAGUUCAUCUGUGAGCAACACCUCAAAUGACCUCUUCAGCUUUGAUGCUGUUCCAGAUUCAGAAGCAGCUGUCCUUGAAUCGACCGUCUCUGCCUCAUCGAAUAAUCCUUUUGCAGAUGCUAGAGAAUCAAGCAGUGGUGACCUGCUCGGCUUAGAUCUCUUUUCGUCAUCAGUGUCUGAGGCACCUGGUGCUACAGACAUUGCAGUUGGUAAUCCCUUCGCAGUCACAGAUUCCACUGUCCAGACCUCUGUUUCAACAACUCUUGAGAGUUCUGAGACUGAUCUGGGAGACUUCAUGAAUCAGCUCCCAGGAAGUCCUGAUGCAGUGGAUCAACAACUGUCAGAUCCCUCUUCAGACAUUCACAUGGAAGUUGCAGUGGAUAGCUCUGAUGGCGUCCAAGGUACAAUAAAUGACAAUCCCUUCGGGAUACGUGCUGUUACAUCUCCAAGUGAGUUCACAGAUCAGUCCUCGGAUAGUUUUACAGCAGAAAGUGCUAAUCCAUUUAAAUUAACUGAACCGUCAACAGAAACUUCAACUAGUACAACAGUCGAGUCAUCUGCAAGGAGCUUCAGUGCUGUCACAGACUAUCAUCCUGGAAGUCCAGGUUCUGGUGUUGCAGAAAAGCCAUCAAAUUUACUUGAGUCUGAUCUCCACUCUGGUUCUUCUGGAGUGUUAGAUGAACCUCCAGCCUCCAUGAUUAUGGAGGGAGCAAGCUCCAAUGUCUUUUAUCAUAGUGACAUUCAAACUGACCAAUGUGACAGCCAAGCUCAAGAGCUUCUUCACCCAGCUCCAGAUAUAACAAUUUCUCAAAGUUCAGACAUUGACCAGGAGACCUCUGAAACAGAAGAUGCAAUCCUUGACAAAAAAGAGGAGCAGGUUUCAGAUGACUCUCCAUCUGAUGAAAACCAAGAUGUAAAUAAUGAGGUGGUAGCAACUGAGGCACAAGACCAGCAGUUUGGUGAAGAGCCAUCAGAAUAUGAAGGACUCCACAAAACAGAAAAGGUGGAAUUGGAUAAAGGUGAUCAGAGAAAUGAGCUGGAGGAAGGGAUUUCUCCAAAGUUUGAUCUUGGCACCAAAAUAAUUGAUGGCAUUGUAGGAGAUGGUCAAAGAGCUGCAUCAGAAGAAUCAGAGGAUGAAUUCCCCUCUGAGCUAAAGAAAACAGAUCUUGCAGAGGCAGAUCUAAAUGAGAUGUCUGCAGGUAGCUCACCGGAAGAUGUGCCAUCUGCUGAGAGUAUUUCGGUCUCUGUUACACCGGACCAAGAACAAGUAGACAACCCACCACCAGAGUUCCUUGAUGAAAAAGAAUCUCUUGUUGAGUCAGGAUCUCCUAAAGACAGCAUGGCAGCAAUGACAGCAGAAGAAGUACAGCAAAGCUUAUGGGUUGAGGAAGACCAAGAAGAGCCCUCAGUAACCUUUGAUGAGGAUGAGAUGGAAGGCCCUCACAAGGUGGGUUCAGAUGUGGUAGAAACAUCAUUUGAAGUAAGUGCUGAAUCGACAGUGCAAGACAUGCACCUAGAAGUUGAUCAGUCACAUAAUUAUCAGGUUGAAGAAUUGAAAGACACGGAGGAACUUUCAGGAGCCAUUCAAGAUGAACCUGGUGAAGAAAAAGUUGAGGUUGUGGCUGACAGUGCCCAGGAGGUACAAGAAAGUGAAGAAAGUCAUGAUUCAUUUGCCAAAAGUGCAGUUUCUGAAACAUUAAUCGCAGAUGCUUCAAUUUUACAAGCAUCUCUACUUCAGUUUGACACUGCAAAAGAGGAGGAAAUAGUGUCUUCCCAAACAGUUGAUCAAAUGGAAUUGGUUCCUGGCUCAGUGGAUGAGAUCUUGUCCCCAGAAAGCCCUGUUGUACAAAAUGUGCAGGAAAAUGACAGACUCACAGUGAACAGAGUUGAUGAUGCUGGAGACGAUUUCCAAGAGAAGGAAGAAGGUGGAGAAGGUGAUAUCAGUCUUUCAGAAGAGAGAUCAACAGUUUUAGACUAUCAAUCUAAUAAAGAGUUUGAAACAGAAGUACAUGCACAUGCACCACAUCCAGAAGUGGAGAAGGAGGAAGAAAUAUUAAUACCAGUGUCAACAGACCUUCUGGAGUCUGUUCCAGAUGUGAUGGACAAGGCCUCUGCUCCAGAAAGUUCCACGACGCCUGAUGUCCUCCCUCUUGACUUAUCCGUGGGAGCUGCUGCAUCCCUGGAACAGAACUUUUCUCCCGUAUCUGAUGAGGGCCCUGCUCGCUCCAGUGGAAUUACAAGCCCGGACAGUGAGUUCACCUCGGACGCAAUUUCUGAGGACCCAUCCAGUGGAGACUCGUAUGUAGUGACAGACCUGUCGCAUGAAGUCAGCAACUUUCAGAUAGGUGACAUUCAAGAGGAGGUUGAGGAGGAAGAAAAUCAACUGGGAGAGUCAAAAGGAGAUAUGGGAGCAGGUGCUCCAGUAGGUGAAGUUGAAGUUCUUGAAAAGCAAGUAAAUGGCAUUCCAAGCUUGACUGCCCCAGAAGACUUCUCUGGUGAGGGACAAGUGGGUGUCAUUGACAACUAUUACGCAGAAGAGACAACCACUGACAGAGGAGUGAUGGACACAAUUCCUAUUCCAACUGAUGUUGGUUUUGCCAGUUCAGGAAGAAGCAGUCCACAAAAUGCACUUGAAGGAGCAGACAGUGGUCUUCUGCAAGAGGAAGCCCAUGACUUAGUACAAGCUGCCAUCAAGAUGGCAAAGUUUGCAUUCUUGGAAGAAAAACAACAAGAGACUCUGAAAAGUCCAGGAGAGAUUCAUGCAGAGGCUCCUGAUGAGCAGCUGGUCAGUGCCGCUGAAGUGGAAGAUGUAAUCCAGAGUUCAGAAGCAACAGAGCAAGAAUCUGCUUUGCCGUCAUCUGAAGUCUCAGUCAGUGUGGAAGCUAGGGCAGAAGGCCUUACUGAUGGGACAGAAGACCAUUUGGAAUCCCUUGGCAAAGGCCAAAAUGUGUUGGGUCCUGAAGCUCCCAAAGAGGUUUCAGUGGAGCCACCUCAGUUUCCAGUUGAGGAAGAGAUACCACAGGUCAUGGUAUCUCAAGAAGAAUCCCAGAUGAAAGUUAACAAAGAGCUACCUUUACAGGAGCAUCCAUCUGCUGAGGAAGGAGAAGGCCUACCAACUGACCAGAAUGUUCUUCCACAAGCUGAUAGCCCUCUUGAGGAGGAACUGAUUGCUAGAUCAGAAAUGCCAACUGAGCAGGGGGUCCCCCAUGAAGCAGAUCAGGAGUCACAAGAAUCUGUACAGCAGUUGGAAGAGAAGCAUCCUCUCAGUUUGUCCAUCACUGCAGACAUGGAGCCAAAGGAUGAGAUUGAAGAAGCCCCUCAGUCCCCAAUUGAAGUCAAUGUUGUCAUAAGUAAACAGGGACUCCAAGACAUCAGCAGUAAUUCUGAGGAGGUGACCAGCCAGUCAACCACAGGCAAAACAAAGCUGACAGUCGAAGACUCCAUGAAGGACGUGGACAUAGAAAUCGAGAGCGACAACCAGCAGACCUCCGUGUUUGGACUGGCUGACAUCCUGGAGUAUGUCAACCCUGAUGGUAAGGUAGAGAGCUCCACAGCAGACCCGCACAUCAGGCCCUCAACCCUGCCUCUGACAACCAAGUCAACGCCUAAAUCGGCCCGGCUGCUCUCCUCCGGGACACCCAUUUCAAUGCUGUCGGACACGGGCACGCCCUUGACACCAAUCAGCUUGAGAAGCCUCGAUAUGUUGACAUCCGAUACAGGGACCGACGAAGACACGUUGGACAGGAUGGAGGAGGGAGAGGCGGAGACUGGGAAACCAUCUGAAAGGAUGUCUCCUCCUCCUGCCAAGAGGUGCUUGUCCAUCGAUGCUGAUGUGGUGCAAGACAUCCAUGGGGAAUGGGAUGACAGCAAGAAGUUGAUGGAGGUGAUCGUUGAAAAAGAACGAACAAAAUCUCUCAUCGAGAACCAAGAGAGGAAGUCCCCCCAGCGGACAAUGUCUGUGGCCACGGCACAAGCCAAGAAGAACAUGGAGGGGGUGGAGUUGCCGGACGAGUGGCAAGACGACGAGUUUGCCCAACAGAAGCUGGCGGGCGUGGACAGCCAGCAAGAGGAGGAUUCAUUCUUCAAAAGGAGGGUGCCACCCAAGGAUAGCAAGCUUGGGACCCGACACAGCAUGCUGUCUGACGAUGGCUCAGUGGAAGGCAUGAGUGCUUGGGCAGAGAGGCUGGCUGGGGACGACGACUUUGACGAAGAGGACAUGGAUGAGUCUCCGUUGCCAGCCGAGGGCCGUGACCAGCGAAGCUGGAGUAACAGUCCCAAGAAGGUGGUCCCCAUCCCUGCGGGGUUGUCCCUGAGCAUGGAAGGGGAUGCCACGAGUGUCCCCUCGACGCCUGCCAUCCUCACACCCAGCAGUGCCGAGAUGUCCUGGGACGAUGACACCUUGCAGUCCCCGGGGGUGGAGCCCAUUCCCGAGUACACCGCCCAAGAGGAGAUGGAGGACCGACGAAACUGGCGCAAGGUGGUCAUCGCCAACAAGGAGUUCACCCUGGACAUGAGAGCCAUCAAUCCCUACAAGAAGGUGCUCUCUCACGGAGGUUACUAUGGUGAUGGAGUGAAUGCCAUUAUUGUAUUGGCAUCCUGCUACAUGCCAGACAGGUCUCGCAAAGAUUACAACUACAUCAUGAACAACCUCUUCCUAUACGUCAUUAGCACUUUAGAACUGCUGGUAGCCAACGAGUACAUGAUUGUAUACUUCCACGGUGCAGCUCCCAAGAAUCGCAUCCCCAGCCUGAACUGGAUGAGGAAAUGCUAUCAGAUGAUCGACAGAAAACUUCGCAAAAACCUAAAGGGCUUGUACAUUGUCCAUCCUACGACAUGGCUGAGGACCAUCAUACGAUUCACAAGGCCAUUCAUAAGUUCUAAGUUCAGCCGAAAACUGAAGUUUGUGGAAACCCUGGAUGAAUUAUCCAAUCUGGUCAGCAUGGAGUACAUUUAUGUGCCAGAUGAGGUCAGAAGAUUUGACGAACACAAGAAACAGAAGGAGGGUGGUGGCGUAGCCUUGUGGGGGUGGAUAAACAGCAGAAGAGGAACAGACGGAAGUAGCGAGGGGGGCAGUAGCUGCUACACCAAGGGCCCUGACUCUGACAUUGCAACACUGGACGAGGACUACAUCGACGAGAUGCUCUUUGUGCCAACUUCCCGAGCUGCUCGGCGUAGGAUGUCUGCACAGCUGCGGCGGGGCAACUUUGCCCUGUCUGCCCUCCAGCAGGAGCGGGCGAACGACUUUGAAGAUGACUGGGACAGCCAUGGCUUCAUGGAGGACGACAUGUUCGCAGACAUUGAGGAUGAUGACGAUGAUGAUGACAGGAUGGAUGGGGACAAGGGGCAGGAGGAGACACCUCGGGAGGAGGCAGAGGCGGACGAAGAGGAGGAGCUGGACUUGAAGCAUCGCCGGAGCGUCGGAGACCAGGACCUGGAGUACGAGGAAGAGAUGGACCCCCUGUCGGCCCUCCAUGCCCCGCCUUACCACUCCUCCCCUUCCCCUCAUUCUCAGCGUGAACCUUCUCAUCAGAAUCCUCCUCGACCCUCAGAAGCAGAUGCUGCAGACACAAGGAGACCAGUCUCCAGCCUACGAAGGAGUGGCGUCCCCAAACAUGUCGAGCACUCUGGCAAAAGAUGAUCCACUUACACGUACAAGACUUUUUAACCCUUAAAUAUUCUCAAAGUGUCAUUCCAACUUUACUUUUUAAAAUUUUUUUUACAGCAAAAGGAAAUUUGGGAAAUUCAGACCUGCGCUUAACUUCAUUCAGAAGUUAUAGUAGUCAACCAGCUUCGAAAGGAACAAAAGAGGGCAUGCUUUUACUCAGCAGUGAAUGUCCUAUUGUGGGAAGUCUCCAUGCGUAAGCAUAGGAUUACGUGCAUUUAGCAAAGAGACACAGUGAGCACACUUUCGAGUUUUAAAGACCAUUCUUUCAAAAAGGAAUUUGAGCUAGUAAAUUUCAGAAGCUUUGAGGAUUUUUAGAGAUUUUAGAAGAGAUGGCGGAUUGGAAUUAUUUCAGAUGCAAAUUCCUAUUUGACUAGUUUUACCAUUUCUGGUAUGUGCACAUGUGAACUUCUUAAAGUUAGUUUCCUCUGCUGCUCUCUGUAAAGACUUGUAUGUCCAGUGACAAAUCAAAGUACCCAUUACUGUCUUGAAGGCAGUUUCUUAAGUUUAUUCAUUUCCUUUUACACUUUUACCACAUUUUUACAUAGUUCAAGUGUCAGUGAACAUAACUGUCAAUGAAAUGAAAUACAUAUGUGACAAAUAACCUGUGUCGAUAUGACCCUUGACUGUAUGUAUAUGAUAAAUAAGUGAUUGAAACACUGCAAUGUUUUGAAUAAAAAGCUUACAAAAGUAACAGAUGUUCUGGAUUAUGGAUAUGUCAUUUCUGUACAUUUGGCUUGCUGUAUUGAAAUUCUUUAACAGAGAACGCAGUAUCACCAAUAUGAAAUGUCUAUUAACAAAUGCAAACAACUUGGCUGUUUUGUAGAAAAGAAACACCUGUCACCUCUGAACAAUAACAGAGUAUAAUCCAUUCAGUACACUGUAAAGUUAUUGAGAAAUAAAUUUUUAAGAGUAAUCUAUGAAAGAAAAUGUAUUGAUUGUACAGUGUAUGAUUUCAGAGAACAUGUGUCAUUGGCGUAUCAGUUAUACUUGAGCUUCCUCAUCCCUGUGUAUGUAUAUGUAUGGGAGACUGAAUUGUGUAAUUAAUAACCGUUAUUUCUUGUUUCGUUUUUAAGAUGCGUUGUCUUGAUCUUUUUUGGGGGUGGCGGUUAAUUUAUCGUCCAGUCACAACAGUGAUGCAUUUUAGUUAAUAUACAUGUAACCCUGUACCUCAUUUGAAAGGUCAAGUACUUAAUGCUGGACAAAACUGAGGUAAUGUCUUUGAUGUACACAGACAUUUAAUUUAACAUUAAAUCACAAGAUCUUUGGUUUGUGGUCCUGGGCAGGGCAACUGAGGUAAAUUAUUGAGCUUAUCCUGGUAGUUAUUGUAAAAUAAUGUACAGUGAAGGGCAAAUUUGAGCACUGAAUUUCUGAAUGUGGAGCAUUACUUCCUGUUGUUAUCACUUGUGCGUAUGCUUCUUGUAAAUACAAAAAGCUGCGUUACUAAGUGCAUACUCAUUACAGGCAAACACAUUUUUCACCUUAGUUUCUGUUUUAGCUCACUGUGUGUACAUAUUACGUUAUAUCAAAACACUGUAGAGUAAAACGUCUAUAACAGAUGCAUACAACCUUGUCCCAUGGACUCUCCUUUCCUACUCCCAUAGUUUAGAGACUAGAAGUGGACACCGAAUUUCUGAAGGGACAAGGUUGCAAGUGUGUUUUGUCAUUUGAAAAAAAAGUACUAUUUGUUUGCCUGUUUUAAAAAGGAGUUGUUAUUUUGAAAAUGUAAGUUUUUAGAACAGAUGUAAGUGUAAAAUGAGUUGCAGGAUAAGGAAUGAAAAGGGGUGAGUAACUCAAUUAGGAAGUAAAUUGUGUCAAAGAAAUCAGUAAAUGUCUUAACACUUGGUAAUAUCCCUAGGAGGUAACGGAAGAGCUUGAAGGAUGAGAAAACAGUAGAGCCCAAGGCGCUAGCAAAAUAGAGAAUUUCCACAAUUCUGGACAAUUUGUCGCAGAAUUGCUGAGAAAUCUGGGAUUGAAUAAGUGGCAAUGUUAUACUUAAAUCUACGUGUAUAUGUACGCAGAGCAGCCUGUAAAUGAACGUGCAAUCGAUAUUGAAUAAGGCUUUGGAGUGCAGUAGCUGGUGGAGAUAAUUGCCAUUUCUUGCAUUGGAAUCAAAAUACAUGUACUGUACAUGCGUGCAGGUUGCACUUCUUGUACCAUAUGCCGUGAACUAGGUCUAAUGUACGUGUCCGUUGUUACCCUUGCCAAGGACUGCAAAUUUACCUUAUUUUUUGGAGGUUUUCCUAGUUCUUGUGUAGUCCAAUAUUGUAUAGGUGCAGUGGUACACCUGUAAUUUUCUUGUGAAGCACCAGCGAUCACUAGCACCAGGAUAGUCUCUUGAACCUUAAUUAAAAGAGCUAGAGAGGAAUCAGGCGAUUUCCCCAGCUAUCCCCCACAAACCUGCCUCUUUUAUUUGGCGACUGACUGUUUGUCAUUCCACUUUUAGUAAGAAAAAAUGCAUUUUUUAAACACUAAGUUUUUUCCUUUUUUAAAAAACACUUCAUGAAUUUGUUCUCAGCAGCACAUGAAUUUUGGAAUUAGUGUUGUGGUUUAUUUUAAACAAUCGUAGAUCUUAAGAUCAUUUUAACAACAGUUUGAGCAUUUAUAUUCGUGCAUAGAACACAAUAAUAGUCAUUUCUAUCACCGAGUUUUCAAGAGUUCUCAAGUGCAUUGUAUUAUAGUGGGCAUGAUUUGUUUAGAGUCUCACUUCUUAUAAACAUUCAGAGCAAUUAUGCACUCUAACUUACUUAAACAUGUACACAUUAAGAUUCUCAUCUGGAUUAAUUCUAGUUCUAUGAAAGGAUAUACGAAUGCUAAUAAGUUAAUUCAACUGUACGAUUGACCAAGAGUUAAUUAUCAGAGAUUUUGUUCCCUCGAACCAAAAGUGAGGGAAGGGACACCACCACUUUCACUUCCCCCCCCCCAUUUUUAAAAGUCACUCUCAAAUUAUUUUCUCUCAUUCUUUAAGAGAAUAUUGCACUAAAAACUAAGAGGAAUUCUCAUUUUUUUCCCCACAUCAAUGCCAGGGAUGCCAACCUUAGUUCAGCUUACUCUCUCCGUUGCAAAUUGAAAUAAAGGUACCUCAUUAAAAGGGCCUCAAGGAUCAUCUUAUGAGAUUCAGUCAGAUCAGUGCUACUGACAGUAGCGCGUAGGCCUGCUACAUUAAUUCCGCAUAACAGAUAUUUCAAAAAAGAGUUAGUAACAAGCACCUAGUGUUUCCCUCACUUUAGUUUUAAGAACCCAAGCAAACCUUCCCCGUUUCUCACAAAUGCUUGAAAAAAGAAUCAAAUACAUGUACAUGUACCACGUUUUGUGCGUAAGCCCUUUUUCCAAGAAGAGCUUGUGAUCUAUAAUGACAUUUUGGCUCGGUACUUGAAGUCCAUGAAGGAAAGCAAAUAGAUUGCCUUCAGUGUCUGCUAAACCCUCGACAGGCUUGGUUCCCACAAGAUCUCCAAAUCCCUCCGAAACCAAAUGUCAAGAAGUCCCAUUGUCAGCGGAAACAACUUGUAUCUUGCGCCCACUUUGGCACUGUGAAACCAUUAUUAGAAGAUCGUUUAGUACUGAGCAUUCGUGUUGUAAUUUGAAGCUACCUUUUGGUAAACUUCUUCUUGGUCACUAUGUAAAGUAAUUGUUGGUGUACAGAUAUAUCAGCUGUUAACCAAAGUAAUUAUUUGACAAUAUUACUUUAUAGACAUAUAUUUUUGGAGCUUAAAAUGCAUAGGUUUACUCUGGUAUUGUAAGAGAUAAAAAGAAAAGGCUAGGUCAGCAGCACCACCAACCAAGUGCCUGUAAAUGUUUAUCACAUAAAUUCAGCGGUAAUAUACUGGACACAAUCUCUGUAAAUUGGACAAAUGCGUAAGUUGAAAUAAAAUUGGUGUGCGCGUAA